CUUCCUCCAAUUUCCGAAUGGAACUUACUCUGCUUUCUUUUUUCUACGGAAAUUGAUGAGUUACGAGCUCUUUUCGUCCAAGUCAAAUCGGACAAUGUUUACCAAAUCAAUCACCUGGUAGCGAAGUUUCGAGUUAUUCACCGUCCUGCCGAUUUGACUCUUCAAUUAGGGCAAAAUUCUUUGCUCCUUCUCUCUCGCCCUCCAAUUAAGGUUGUGAGGAGGAGGAGGGCAGGAUGGCCGGGAAAUCUGCCGAGAGGGAGCUCGUGAGCCUCUUCGAUGAGGCCAAGAAAGCGGCCGAUCUGGCGGCGUCCGGCGGCGGAUCGGUCGACGCGAAUGAGGUGCGAUGCCUGGACGCGCUCCGCCUGCUCCAGGAGUUCCCCGUCAACAUGUCGAUCCUAGUAUCCACUCAGGUGGGAAAGCGGCUUCGAGGCUUGACUAAGCACCCUAGGAAGAAAAUCCAGUCAAAGGCUUCAGAGUUGAUUGAGCUCUGGAAAAAUGUAGUCAUGGAGGAGACAGCAAGAAACAAUAGGAAAAGUAGCAGCUCACUGAGCUCAGAAGGUGAGAGUUCAGUUAAAUCUGGUAACAAAGCUGAAAAGGUAGAGGUUGUGAAAUUGAAGAAUGACAAGGCUGAGAAGACCACCUCGAGUGUGGAAGCCAUGAGAGAUGAAAAGCUUCUGAAACCACAAAUAAGUAAGGUGGAGAAAUUGGAAAGGCCUGAAAAUGUCAAAGUCGUGAAGGUGGCCAAGGAGGACAAGGGACUGGUUAACGACAAGAAACCCGCCUCCUCUUCUGUCAUUCCGCCUAAGCUGUCAGCCAUGGUGAAAUGCAAUGAUCCUGUGCGUGAUAAGCUCCGGGAACUUCUUGCUGAAGCUUUCACAAAGGUUGCAAGUGAAGCUGAAGAUGAUACGAUCGAUGAAGUGAAUAAAUGUGACCCCAUUCGUGUUGCUGUAACUGUUGAGUCUGUCAUGUUUGAGAAGUUAGGUCGCUCUAAUGGUGCCCAAAAAUUUAAGUACAGAUCCGUCAUGUUUAAUCUGAAAGAUGCCAACAACCCAGAUCUGCGUAGGAAAGUUCUUCUAGGAGAGGUGAAGCCAGAAAAGCUUAUUACUAUGACGCCAGAAGAAAUGGCUAGUGAAAGGAGAAAACAAGAGAACAAACAGAUCAAAGAAAAGGCACUCUUUGAUUGUCAACGUGGAGGACCUGCAAAAGCCACAACUGAUCAGUUCAAAUGCGGCCGAUGCGGACAGAGGAAAACCACAUACUACCAGUUGCAAACUCGGAGUGCCGACGAACCAAUGACAACGUUUGUGACAUGUGUGAACUGUAAUAAUCACUGGAAAUUUUGUUAAUUUUUUUGUAGUGUAUUUGCUACUUGUUAAUUCACUCGUGAAAGAAUGAAUUUAUUAUUGUUCGGCACUUGUAGUUGGGUUA